AUGCCACCCUCCGAAGCCGAAGUCGAAGCCGAAGUCGAAGCCGAAGUCGAAGCCGAAGUCGAAGCCGAAGUCGAAGCCGAAGUCGAAGCCGAAGCUGACGACCCCAACACACCAUGCACAUACUGGUUGUGUACCAAAGGCUGUCUGGAAAAACAGAGAGCGAAGGGUCGCCUUAGCAGGUGGGAUCGGGCUCACAUUCUCCGAAGACAUUCGGACACAGCCAUAGAGGUCGCCAACAAAAAAACAGGAUGCUCAGUCGUCUACCGAAGGAACCCCAAUGCGGAUAUGCAUUUCCAGUGCAUUUGCGGGAGUUUGAUUAGCUCGCGCGGCUCUGUGAAGAAGCACUACGUUGGCUGCAAAAACCUGCAGGGCGUCAUAAAAGGCAAUGAAUAUUCUCAUUUCAAUGUCAGCUCUGAGGUUAAGCCGGCAGGUGUGCUGAACGGUGAGGAAGAUGAGGGGGAGGACGAGGAAGAUGAGAUGGAAACCAUUGGCGCCACUUCCGGCUCCAUUGUUCCCUGGGGUGCAUCAAUGCAGUUGCCGCCGUCUUGCAGUGCAGCUCCCAACAUGACGGCUGCGAGUGAACAGCAAAACUCUUUCAUUAUGAAUGCACUUAGGUUUCAACAGGAUCAGGGUACUCACCAUCAGCAACAACUGCAAGACCACCAACAAAAGUUGUUUGAUCAGCAGCGCCAGUAUGCAGAGCUCUCUCUCAUGGUGCAGAGACUUCAACGACAGGCGGAGCAGGCGCAGGAGCAGCAAACAGAUCUUGUGGUGCGGAGACUUCACCAACAGAAGGAACAGGCGCAUGAGCAGCAAGCAGAUCUUGAGACGCAGUCAAUUCAACAGCAACAGCGGCGAAUAGCUCACAUUGAACAGAGACAGGAGGGACAGCAUCAAAAGCGUCAACGGAAUUCGUUGGAACAGCUUCGCCAUAGGGCGCAGGCUCAAGUUACCACCACCACCACUGCCGACUCUCGAUCGUCCCGCGGAAAUACUUCCCACCCAGAACCAUCAAGCUCUGGUCCAUAUACAUAA